AUGUGUGAAGACCCCCCGGAGAUACAGACGACGUCUAACUGCAGCGUGCUGAGUGACAUGUUCUCGCUGGGUAUGUGUGUGUGCGCCAUCUUUAACUCUGGCAAAUCUCUUAUUGAAGCCAACCACUCCAGCUCUGGGUACCUGAAACAGCUUGAUGUGGUAGGGGAACAGGUGAACAACGUGCUGCCCAAGAUCCCACUGGGGUUGCAGGAGGCUGUGGUGAGAUUGGUCAGUCGAGACUCACGGCAGAGACCAACAUCACAGCUGGUGGCCCUCAUCAAGUACUUCAGUGACCCGACAGUACACGCCCUUCAGUUCCUGGACGUGAUCAACAUGAAAGAUCCCACCCAGAAGACCCACUUCUACCGCACCACCCUCAUGGAGGUCCUCCCGCACAUCCCUCAGGACCACUCCCUCUUCCAGGACCACUACUUCUUCCAGGACCACUCCCUCUUCCAGGACCACUACCUCUUGAACGACCACUCCCUCUUCCAGGACCACCCCAUCUUCCAGAACCACCCCCUCUACUUCUAG